GCUUCCCACGUCAAUAAAAGUGUAGUGUGCACCGCGAGGCACAUUCUUAAACUAUUGUAUCUACAAGCCCCUUCGUGAAAUCAUUGGAGAACGCACAGCCUCUCCUUUGAGUUGACGCUGCCUUGAGAAAAUCGCUCGGUGUCUCACCGUGGUGGUCAGCACAAAAGUCACGCUUUUCCGGCUAAAAACUAAAGCAGAGCAGCAGACCCAAUAAAACCUUUUCUCUUUUAAUGCCUUGACAGCUAUCCUAGUCUGCGAAUGAGAAGAUCUCCGCAGCACCUUCAGAUUGCCUAGGGCCAGUUGCAUCAUUUUUAAUCUAUUUUUUAAAAUCUUACCUUUACAUUUCAAUUGCAUUUCAAUUCAACUCCUCCCCUAUAAUUCUGCGUUCUUUUCCAAAUUAUUCAAUGUUCUGCUUCUUUUUGCCUAUAUUCAUUUUCUCUCCCGAGAUUAAAAACAUCCCCAUAUUUUAUAAGACUCCAAUUCUUCUUUCUCUUUCACAUGUAACUGUUAAAUAUGGUGACCCAAAGAUUGUAUCCAGAUGACACGCUGUAAGAUUAAUGAUGUAAGAGGGGUUAUGCCAAAAUAAUAGAAAAAAUUUUUUUCAAUAAAAAAAAUUGCCUAAGGAGGCGGGAAUCGCUUUUCAUUUCAAUUCCAGUGACGACCCUCAUGUUUGAGAUUGGGAGAGGCGACCUCCGAAACUCAUUGAUCGGGCAAUCGGGCUCAUGCCUGGGGAGGCGGGGGUCUCGGCCGGACGGGCGAGGGGCGGGGAGCGAACGGACAGGUGGGGAGGGGAUUUGGAAGGAUCGCCUCGCCUGUCAGCCCGGAGGGGGAGGGGGAGGGAAAGGAGGAGCCGCCCCGCAGUAGCGGCUUGCAGAAGAGGGGGGUAGCGGCGCGCCCAGGCAAUCGGGCAGGUGUGUAUCUCCGAGGCAGGGGCUGGAGCAGAGCCGCACGCCCGACGACGUCGCACCGGGAAGGUAGAGCCGCGCCGGGGGGCCGCCAGAGCAGGGCCGCAAGUGGCAGCCAAGCUCCGAAAAGCCGGCAUGCAGAAGCCGGUAGAGAAAUCCCAGAGCUUCCGCAUCGACGCCCUCCUGGCCGAGGAUCCGGCGCGGCCGCUGCCCAGCGUCUCCCCGGAGAGCUCAGCCGGGAGUCCCGGCGCCUGCCUGCGGACCGAGACUCCUUCUCCCUGCGCGCCGCCGGGCUUGGUCCCUCUGCCCACCGCCGCCUUCAUCCCGAAGCCCGGCUUGCUCAACCUGCCUCCGCCGGCCCUCGGCGGCUUGCCAGCCAUCUACCCGCCCCCGCUUUACCCCAUCCCGGCUCUAGCCGGCCAGCACUCCGCCUUCGCCUACCCCGCCGCCUUCCCCCCGCUGUCGCAGCCGGGAGUCGAGCCUCUAAAGGCGGCUGUGGGGGUCGGUUCCUUCCCGCUGGAGCAAUGGAUUCGAGCCGGGAUCAUGGCGCCUCGCUUCCCGGAUUUCCACGCUUCCCCACCAACCAACUUGAUGGGAAAAUGCCGUCGACCUCGAACAGCCUUUACCAGCCAACAGCUUCUUGAGCUGGAGAAUCAGUUCAAGAUCAACAAGUAUCUUUCGCGGCCCAAACGUUUUGAAGUGGCCACAUCACUGAUGCUCACGGAGACACAGGUGAAAAUCUGGUUCCAGAACCGCAGGAUGAAGUGGAAGCGAAGUCGGAAGGCCAAGGAGCAGGUAACCCAGGCUGAAGUGGAGAAGCAGAGAGUGGCAAGCAAGGGCCCAGAGAAACUGCUCCCUGGAGAGGCGCGAGGGGAGGAGGAUGAAGAAGAGAGCUGUGGUGACGAAUGUAAGAAACACAGGGCCAGUGUGCCAUUCCUGCACCGUGAUGCCGACACCUUCAGCUUCAGCUCAGACCCCUCGGGCUCGGAAGAGGAAGUGGAGAAUGCUACUCACAGGGAGAGGAGUGUGCUGCUAUGAGCAGGUGUGGUUAAGCCCCAGAAGACAGACAGUGAGAGCUUCCAGGAACUGGCUCUACACUAGACCAUCAACAUCAGUCUGGUGCUCUUCUCCGACUCAUAAACUUUUAGAAAAGAAGGACUCUACCUGGGCUAGCGCCCUGGUAAAACUGUGCUGCUUAAUUUAUGUGUGUUUUGAAUAUAUUUAUUGUGUAAUUGUUCUGUAACUGUAUUGGGGUGUGGGUGGGAAUAGAGGCAGUCCUUGCCUGGGUGUUCCCUUUGUCGGGCUAUAAAGAUGAUGACUUCAGCAGAACAUCUGGCUGGGAUUUGCUUGGCUAAUCAUGAUUUCAAGGCAUCAUCCAUACACAAUUAAUAUUCAUGGCUGAGAUGGAACCAAGUUCUAUUUCAAUUUUAAGGGUUUCUAGCCUGAAAUAUCGGAACAGAUCGUUACUUUUCAGCCCUUUAUGAUCAGUGGUGGGAUUCAAAUUUUUUUUAAUACCAGUUCUGUGGGCGUGGCUUG